CCCUAAAUAUCUUCGUUACACCCCACAUACACAAAUGGUAAAAUAAAUAUUCAGAAUUCAAUUCCAAACUCAACUUAUUUCCACUCAGUGUUUCCUUAAAAAAAAAUAAAGAAAACAAAAUAAACAUGAUACGUAUCACGCGCCACUGCCUCCCGCCGGGCAACCGCUGACGACGCGCUGCUCCGCGCACGUGCCGACAGGUUACGGAGCGCGAGCCGCCACCGCCGCCCUUUUGUUCCUCCGUCCGGGCCUCUGUGGCGGGAAGAGGCGCCCAGGGAAUUGUGGGUAAUUCAGUUCCACAGUACAAAUACACGUGGUUUACGGGGGCUCGUAGUACGGAUGGAAAAGUCCGCCUUGCCCGGUGAUGAGAACGGGGGAGCCGUGGCGAACGGGCGCUCGGAAACUCAGAUCUCGGAUGUGGCGGGACGUGACGGUCCGGAGGGCGUCGCCGUCGAACCCGCCCGCGACGCUUGGGGCAGUAAAAUACAGUAUCUUUUGGCGCAGGUGGGGUUCAGCGUCGGACUGGGGAACGUCUGGCGCUUUCCUUACCUUUGCCAUCUCAACGGAGGAGGGGCCUUUGUCCUGCUGUACGUUCUCCUCUUGGUCGUGGUGGGCAUUCCUCUGUUCUUCCUGGAGCUGGCAGCUGGGCAGUGUAUCCAACAGGGCAGCAUCGGGGUGUGGAAGACGAUCUCCCCGAAGCUGGUCGGGAUUGGCUACUCCAGCUGUGUGGUGUGUUUCUUUGUAGCACUUUAUUACAAUGUCAUCAUUGCAUGGAGUCUCUUCUACCUUGGGAGCUCCUUCCAGUACCCCCUGCCUUGGGAAGAGUGUCCUGAACCAGUAAACAACCAGACGGUAAAGGAGUGUACCGGUAGCUCUCCCACCACCUACUUCUGGUUCCGAAAGACGCUGGACAUCACGGACUCCAUUGACGAGACUGGACAACUAAAUCCCAUCAUGACGGGAUGCCUGUUGGCUGCCUGGGCCAUUGUAUGCCUUGCCAUGAUCAAAGGCAUCAAGUCAUCUGGGAAGGUGAUGUACUUCUCCUCCAUCUUCCCCUACGUGGUGCUUCUGUGCUUCCUUAUCCGGGGGCUGCUGCUGGACGGGGCGGCGGAGGGCAUCAUCUACAUGUUCUACCCCAAGCUGGAGCUCUGGGGCAAUGUGCAGGUAUGGCGGCAGGCGGCUACGCAGGUGUUCUUCGCCCUGGGCCUGGGUUUUGGCUCCAUCAUUGCUUACUCAUCCUACAACCCACGAAGGAACAACUGCCACCGUGACGCCCUCAUGGUCUCCUUCAUAAAUUUCUUCACAUCAGUGUUUGCAACACUUGUCGUGUUUGCCGUCUUGGGCUUCCGUGCCAAGAACAUAGCCAAGGAAUGUGUGCUCAGCAAUUUGAAACUCCUGUCCCAGCUGUCUGACGUGGAACUUGAACAGAACCCCUUUUCGCCGCAGUUCAAUAUUUUUGAGCCCAGUUCAGUAUCACUGGAGGAGUACAGAGAGUGGUUCCUACGCAACGGGUCUGGUGUACCGGUGAACGUCACCGACUGCAACCCGGAAGACGAGAUGAAGAAGGGCGCCGAAGGCACGGGACUGGCUUUCAUCACCUUCACACAGGCCAUGUCCCUGUUCCCGGCCAGCCCCUUCUGGUCGGCACUCUUCUUCCUCAUGCUCCUCAACCUGGGCCUCAGCACCAUGUUUGGUACCAUGCAGGGCAUCCUCACGCCACUCAUGGACAAUUUCAAAUCCCUGAUGCGGCACAAGACCAUCCUCACUGUGGGCAGCUGUACUGUGGGUUUCCUCAUUGGACUGAUGUUCACGCAGCGCUGCGGGAACUAUUUCGUGACCAUGUUCGACGAUUAUUCCGCAACCCUGCCGCUCAUCAUCGUCGUCAUCUUCGAGACGCUCAGCGUCGCCUGGAUUUACGGAGCCGACCGGUUCCUGGACGACAUUGAGAACAUGCUGCAGUGGCGUCCCCCGGCCGUGUACAGGAUCAUCUGGAAGUACAUCUCUCUGCUGGCCAUGGUUGGGCUGCUGGGGGCGAGUCUGUUGCAGAUGCUCUUCAAACGUCCCACCUACGUGGCGUGGAACCGGGAGGAGGCUACGGAGGUGAGACUGGAGUACCCCGGCUGGGCGCUGGGCGUCCUCACGAUCCUCAUCGUCAUCGCAUCCCUGCCCAUCCCUCUGGGCGUCCUUCACUCGCUGCUGAGGAGCUGGCUGGGAGCGGCGCCCACAUGGGGCGCCAACGCGGAGCGGGAGACCUACACCAAGUGCAGUUCCGUGGACCUGGACUCCGUCCCCGUCGACACGCGCGAGGAGGGGGGGGACGGGGAGUCGCCGGGUGCGGAACGGUGCCGACUGCUUGCCCGGGAGGACGAGGCCGAAGAGGCCACCACGGAGGUGUGAGCGAGCGAGAGGACGGCUGUGGACCGGAGCGGUGCGGGAAACGCGACUGUCCGCGGGGCCCUGUGUCCCGUCCUCCCUGCAUGUAAAUCUGUAGAUAUGAUUCUGAUUGGAAUAAUCCCGCAUGGGCAGCGGGAGCAUGUUCCCCCAGGUCCACAUACAAAUACAGCCCCUGUGUCUUUUUCCCGUUUGGGAAAAUCUUGGUCUUUUUUUUUUGGACACAACGAUAUAUUUUCCAUGUUUUCCAAAUUGAUGGAUGAACGUUGUACAAAUUUAUCAAGACUUUGGUCUUGUGACACUUGUGGGAGCUUCAUCCAUAUUUUUUAAAUUUCAUCUUUGCAUCUUGUUCAUUGUUUCACGGUACCUUUUUUGGAAAUAUUUUCUGGUUAUUGCCUUUUUUUUUUUUUUUAAAUUAAAAAAACAUGUCUUUAUUCAGUGUCAUUGUUAACCUGAUGCUGGCUGUACAGUUCAGAAAUGUAAAAUUUCCUAUCAGUCACCAUAUGUCUUGCUUUUGCCGGCCAGUUGGUUCUCCGGCAUCGGAUUAUAUUUGAUAUUUAUUGCUGUUGCCUUUAGUCUUACUUGUAAAUGAAUGUUGAUAAUAUGCAGAUUUGUUAUUCAGGUACAUAAAAAGUCAUUUUUCUCUGUGUCAGAGAUACACUUCAGAACUUUCAGUGGUGACAGAUGCAAAACUAGAGGGUUUAAGCCUACAGUCCUUUAGUGAAUGGUUUUUUUUUUUUUUUUUUUUUUUUUUGUCUUGGCCCUGGUGCCACAAGUAGUAUGUUUUUCUUAAUUUUUUUCUUUAUUUUUUUCUUUUUUCACCGUAAUUGAGUCUCUGACCAGUGAACAACUCCAUUUCAUUUUUGGCUCCUCUCCUUGUGGAAUUGGACCUAGAAUAUAAAAAAUGUUGCCAGAUGGUCAUCGCUGACAUUGAAGGUGACCUCACGUUGAGAUGUUUGUUCACCGAAAGGGUCUAAGAGAUCAACAUUAUUUAACUUUUUUUUUUUUUUUUUGCCAUAAUUAUUUCACAGUGCUAAUAAUUAGCUGCAUUUUGAUGUUAGUGUAUUAAUAGUGUGUCUAUUCGCAUUAAAGCGAAAGUUAAUAGGUUUGUGCGGUAUAGAGAGUAUAAAAGAUAAGUAGUUUAGCACAUUAAGUGAUUCACCUUGGUGUUUCAGCAGUUGCCCUUAAUGACACCUGAAAUACGACCGUUGGAACGCAGGAUGCCGUAUAAAGCGAUGAUGUUGCGGCCCGAUGACGUGUUGCGCACGGGGAGACCGCGGGGCCCAGGUGAAGGGCUCUCUCGAACCCGACUCCAGCGGUUCCUCAAUGCUCGGAACACGUUCGUUGCCUGCGCCAGUUUUAGGGUGCGAAACCCGUCCCAUGUGCGACGGGAGGGUUUCAAACCUGCGGGUUCUGUGUUUCGUUGUAAAGCUCUUUCCUAUUAUUACCGAAAAAUUGCUGGCCGUGUGGGUGCUGCGCCUGGCAUUAAUCCAGGCUGACACCUGUAUGAAACCAUACAUUUUUUUUUUUCUUUCUUUUUGACAUUUUGUCAAAAUAAGAGGCUUUUGUGAAUUAGUUUGUUUUGCCAGUACAGUACCUUCUUGGGGAAAAUGUUAAUACGCGUUGGAACAAAUUAUGUUUUUGCUCAAGUGUCACGUUCAUUGCUGGUUUUCUGACAUCUUCGUGUCAUUUGUAAUUAAACUGGUUGUCCUGAUGGACCUCUUCUUAACGAGGGCUUCCGACUUGUGUAUUUCCACUGUGCAGUACCGUCAAAACAGGGUACAGCUGAUCACGUAACAGGGUAAGGCGCCGUGGACAGAGGUGUCGGAUAAACAGGUUAAUAAUGAAACCACCUUUCUUUCCCAGCGCUACCGUUGACACCGGACCAAGGGGCAGAAACAAAACAGGUUUUUUCCCACUGGAAGCAAAUGUCAGAACUGUAUGUUACAUUCCAUUAUUGACAAUAUUGAUAGUAUUACGUCCCAUUAUUGAUGCCGUAAUUCAGCACCUACAUUUCUGGUGUAUUUUCGUGCAGAAUUUUCCCUCUGAUUGUGAGAAUUGUACGAUUUGGACAGUCAAAAAUUCCUUGAAAGCAUCUGAUUGUGUUAAA